UGUCAGUCUUGUUUGCGUUUGUCUGUCGUUUGUUAUUUUCUGUCUGAGCGCUCUCUUCCUAGAAACAGCUAUGGGACAGACUGUCACCACACCCUUGAGCCUCACGCUUGACCACUGGUCAGACGUGAAAGCACGAGCCAACAACGAGGGACUUGUGAUCAAGAAAAAAAAAUGGAUCACCCUUUGCGAGGCUGACUGGGUCACAAUGAAUGUAGGAUGGCCUCGCGAGGGAACUUUUAAUCUCAGUCUAAUUUUACAGGUGGAGGGAAAAGUCUUCGCUCCAGGUCCCCAUGGCCACCCAGACCAGGUUCCAUACAUCGCUAUAUGGAAACUCCUAGCGACCAAAUCCCCACCAUGGGUUAAGCCGUUUCUCUCCCCUCCAGCGCCCCAGGCCUGCCCCCCCACAGCACCGCCGCCCCCUCUCGCCCCUCCUACCUCCUCCCUUUACCCUAUUCUCCCACGAAAGAAUCCCCCUAAAACCCCUGUCCUUCCUGCGGACCCCAAUUCACCCCUUAUUGACCCUUUGACAGAGGACCCACCGCCGUAUCCGGGGAAUCAGGCGCCGGAGAGACCGGCGGCAGUCCCCAUGCCGGCGGUGCCGGCGGCGGCGGCGCCCGGCACCCUCUCCAAUUGCCUACGAGGAAAGCGCGAUGAACCAGCCAAAGUAUCCAGGGCCUUCCCCCUCAGGGAAGGCCCCAAUCACCAGCUUCAGUACUGGCCGUUUUUGGCCUCUGAUCUUUACAACUGGAAACAGCAUAAUCCUCCUUUCUCUAAGGACCCUGUUGCCUUGACUAACUUGAUUGAGUCCAUUUUAGUGACCCACCAGCCUACAUGGGAUGACUGUCAGCAGUUACUGCAAACCCUCCUGACAGUGGAGGAGAAGCAGCGAGUCUUCUUAGAAGCUCAGAAGCAGGUUCCUGGAGACGAUGGAAGACCCACCCAACUGCCUAAUGUUAUUGAUGCAGCCUUUCCCCUCACCCGCCCGAACUGGGACUUCAUGACCCCAGAAGGUAGGGAGCACCUACGUCUCUUUCACCAGUUGCUCUUAGCGGGUCUCCGGGGGGCUGCUAGGCACCCCACCAAUUUGGCUCAGGUUAGAAAUGUGGUCCAGGGAAAGGAUGAGACGCCGGCAGCAUUCCUGGAAAGACUUAAAGAGGCCUAUAGGAUGUAUACCCCAUAUGAUCCGGAAGAUCCAGGACAGGCGCCGAGCGUCAUCUUGUCUUUCAUCUAUCAGUCAAGUCCAGAUAUAAGGGCCAAGUUACAGAGACUAGAGGGAUUGAAUUCGUUCAGUUUGUCAGAUUUGUUGAAGGAGGCAGAAAAAGCUUUUAAUAAAAGAGAAACUCCCGAAGAGCGGGAGGAGAGAAUGUGGCAGAGACAGGAAGAGAGAGAUAAGAAACGUCAUAGGGAAAUAAGUAAAGUCCUGGCCGCUGUAGUGUCUCAGGGACAGGUCAGAGAGGGAGUUAGGAAUGGAGAUCAAAGAAGGACACCCCUUGACAAAGACCAAUGCGCCUACUGCAAAGCAAGAGGACAUUGGGCUCGUGACUGCCCAAAGAAACCCCGAGGGCCUGGAAAAACUAAGACAAGAGCCAUGGACCUCCUCAAUCUGGAAGAUUAGGGAGGUCAAGGCCAGGAGGCCGCCCCUGAGCCUAGGAUAACUCUCAAGAUCGGGGGGCAGCCAGUGACCUUCCUAGUGGACACCGGAGCUCAACAUUCAGUCCUGACCCAUACCGGAGGCUCUCUCAGUGACCGCACAGCUUUGGUCCAGGGGGCCACGGGUAGCAGGAGAUAUCGAUGGACCACCAAAAGAAAGGUUCAGCUGGCAUCUGGACAGGUAACCCACUCCUUUCUGCAUAUACCUGAUUGCCCUCACCCAUUAUUGGGCUGAGACCUGUUGACUAAGCUCAAGGCUCAGAUCUAUUUUGAUGACAAGGGGUCGACCAUUACGGGGCCCAAAGGGACCCCCCUACAAGUCCUAGCCCUAAAACUGGAAGAGGAAUACCGCCUCUUUGAAUCCAAGUCCUCUAAGGAGCCAUCAGAAGGGAUACAGGGCUGGUUGAGAGAAUUUCCCUCAGCAUGGGCAGAGACUGGCGGCUUGGGGCUGGCUCGCAACCAACCCCCUCUUGUUAUUCAAUUAAAAGCCUCCGCCACUCAUGUUUCAAUCAAACAGUAUCCCAUGUCCCGGGAAGCCCAUGAGGGUAUUAAACCACACAUCCGGAGGCUCCUGGACCAGGGGGUACUUGUGCCCUGUCGAUCCCCUUGGAAUACCCCCCUCCUGCCGGUAAAAAAACCCAGGACAGGGGAUUACAGACCAGUUGAAGACCUGAGGGAGGUUAAUAAACGGGUUGAAGAUAUACACCCCACGGUGCCAAACCCCUAUAACCUCCUCAGCACUCUUCCACCAACCCAUAUUUGGUACACGGUACUGGACUUAAAGGAUGCCUUCUUCUGUUUGAGAUUGCAUCCCCAGAGCCAGCUGCUAUUCGCUUUUGAAUGGAGAGACCCAGAAAUGGGACUUUCAGGACAAUUGACCUGGACUCGUCUCCCCCAGGGGUUUAAGAUCAGCCCGACCCUCUUUGAUGAGGCCCUACAUUCAGACUUGGCCGAGUUCUGGGUCGAGCACCCGGCCUUAAUCUUGCUCCAAUAUGUGGAUGACCUCCUCCUAGCAGCCAGAACCCAAACGGAAUGUUUGAGAGGCACUCGGGCCCUUUUGACUAAACUGGGACAGAAGGGCUAUCGGGCUUCGGCCAAGAAGGCCCAGAUUUGCCAAAGCAAAGUGCGAGAGUUCUUAGGUACAGCCGGCUACUGCCACCUCUGGAUCCCAGGUUUUGCUGAGAUGGCUGCCCCUCUAUAUCCUCUCACCAAGCCCGGGGUCAUGUUCCACUGGGGAGAGGAGCAACAGCAGGCCUUUCAACGAAUUAAGAGAACUUUACUCGAGUCACCAGCUCUUGGCCUACCAGAUCUGACUAAGCCCUUUGAGCUAUUCGUGGACGAGAUCUCAGGCUUUGCAAAAGGAGUGCUGGGGCCAUGGAAGAGACCUGUAGCUUAUCUAUCCAAGAAAUUGGACCCGGUGGCUGCAGGUUGGCCCCCUUGUCUGCGCAUGGUAGCCGCCAUCGCUGUCUUGCUCAAGGACGCAGGGAAACUGACUUUGGGACAGUCAUUAACUGUGUUAUCCUCCCAUGCGGUGGAAGCUCUGGUCCGGCAGCCUCCAGAUAAAUGGCUCUCAAAUUCCAGGAUGACCCACUACCAGGCUCUGUUGUUAGACACAGACCGAGUGGUGUUCGGACCAGUUGUCUCCCUCAAUCCCGCUACCCUGCUGCCCUUGCCAGAUCCAUCAGAGGAGCACAAUUGCCUCCAGAUUCUGGCAGAGGCCCAUGGUACCCGCUCCGACCUAACAGAUCAACCGCUGUAA